AUGCGCUCCGCCGCCAUCUUGCUCCCGCCCGCGGGGAGGGGCCGCAACAUGGCGGCGCGGGGGCCGUCGGGAGCGGCAAUGGCGGCGCCGGAGCCGCAGCCGGGGCGCUGCGCUUACUUCGUGCUGAGGAAGAGGCGCUUCUGCAGGAUGAUUCCGGCGCCCGGCAGGCGCUUCUGCGGAGAGCACGGCCACGAGGAGGAACAAAAUGACAGAAAAAGAAUUCCGUGCCCUCUUGAUCCAAAACACACUGUAUAUGAAGAUCAACUACAAAAGCAUUUAAAAAAAUGUAACUCAAGAGAGAAGCCAAGGCCCGUCUACUUUGUUCAAGAUAUUAAUGCUGGUUUAAAAGAUGUUGCAGAAAUACCAGAAAAACAAGUUCCUCUAUCUUCUCUCUCUAUCGAAGAGCUGCAGAACUUAAUUAUCAAGUUGAAAAAAGCAAGUAAUGGCCUGGAACUUUAUCUUAAGGAACAAAUACUGUCCCACCAGGCUUUACAAGAAGCCUUAAAUGACCCAAAGAAUGGGGAAUCUGCUUUCAAACACCUGAAACAACAGAAUGUUGAAAGUGUUCAGUUUUUGCUUGUGGAAAGGGCAACCACAAGAUUCAAGGUGGAUGGAAAACAUAAAAGGAGAGAUUCUAUAUUUGAGAGACUUCAAGUAGACAUUCAGCACUUAUGUUUAAAUAAGGUACCUAUUUUGGAGAAGAAAAAACUACCAGUGGUAGGAAUUGGGAAGCAUUUGUGUGGUGCUGCAACAGAUCUUGCUUUGAGAUGCUUGGUUGAAAGUUACACCACUUGCUGUGAUGGGGGAGAUGAAGAGCCUGCACCAAAACGCUCCAGGGCUGCUCAGACAGAGGUGGCUCCUCAGAGAUCUGCUGGUAAUGAAAGCACCACAGAGGACCAUAAGCCUGUAGCUGGAAUUGUUAUUGCUCUGUGUUGCCAUCACAAGUGUGACUGGACACAUUAUGUGGGCAGAGAGUUCUUUAAAUCAGUAGGACUGGGACCAGUGGAAUUUCAUUAUUUUCAGAGAAUGAGUAGUUGGGCCACUUGUGGUAUGCGAGAAACCACAAGCAAAGCUUCUACAAGUGAAGACAGUGAAGAUCAAACUGAUGACACAGAAGAACAUGAGCAAACACUCAGCAGGACAGAAAGUGGUUCAGAUACUUUACAAGGGAUACUGAGUGCUGAGGAACGAAAGGAGAUCGGCUGCCUCUGUAAACGGCUGAUUGAUCAUGGCCGGAUUGAGUAUUUACAACAACAAGGAUACAAGGCUGCACUACAGUAUUACACAGAGUCUGCUGUGUCCUUGGAGAAUGUGCUGUUGACAGCUGUCCCAAGUCCUUCUUUGAUACCAGAGCCAACUAUAUGACAGAAAAUAGAUUUGGAAUUGGCAGGGGAAAAAACAAACCCUAUGAAACUCAUCUGGACUUUUUUAAAAAGCUAAUUCAUUUCUUACAAAAAAACCCUUUUGUCAUCUUUCCUGUACCCUGGAAAAGGUCUUAUAUUUUUCAGUUUCACUGGGAAUUACAAAUAUGCAAACCAGUUCACAUCAGUGGAAAUAUAAAAUCCCUAAGAAUAUUUGAAACCUGUUGUAGCCUCUUCGCUGUGAAGAAUUGUACUUGAUAUUUUCUUCCAUUCACAGUUACAUUCUUUAUUCAUUUGGAUUCAUGACAGGAGGAGAACCAGAAGAACCAGAAGAACUUUCCAGAUUUGCUGAAAGACAAUAGGUUAAACUAAGAGAAGUUAACAUAUUUUAUUUUCACUUUGAAGUUCAGAAUAGCUUUGUAUUUCCUCUUAAAAUGCUUAAGUAGACCUAAGUACUUUCAUCAGCCUGUGCUGCUAAGGAAUCUAGUCAAGAAGAAAACUUAUGUCUAAAGUGUCAUCGUGGUAUAAUUUUGUAAUGAAAUAUAGAUAAGAAAAAAGUUGGCUUAGUGUUCUAAAUCAAGAGCAUUUCAAUCAUUUUUUAAGCAUUCACAAAACACAGAAUGAAGAUCACAGAGAACAUUUUAUAUCUGCAGUGAAGUGCUCUCUGCAAAAUACAGCUGCCACCUGAACAUCUGUUCCAAAGUGCUUAUUUGGGUCUCUUAACUGCAACAUUUAAGCUGUUACUUUGGAAACUAUGAAUAGCAAAUAUUUGUCAUGUUUUAGAAGUGGGAUGAAACUGUGGGGGUAUUUUGUUUAAGUGACUUUAUUUUGUGUCAGGGAAAGCAAGCUGUGACAAACAUCUGUUUAUCAGGUAUUGAUAGUUCAUUGCUAAAAGACAUAUGUUGGGAAAAUAGGCAUUUCUCCCUUAAUCCUCCUCUGGAAGUACCAUCUGAACAACGUCCAAAAAUAGGAAAAGUUGAGCUUCAUGAAUUAAAGGGUGCUAGAAGACCUUCACUAUGUAAACUGAUUAUUUCGCAAAUACAAAAGACAGUCAUCAGCUUCUAGUUAUUCAUGGUAUAGAUAACUCGGGCACAUUUAUUCCAAUGCUCCAUGGUUCCAGUAUGUUCCUAUGCUGUUUGUGGUGAAGACCUACUGUGCCAACUCCUGUUAGAAGUGCCCCUGCCCUCAGUAAAAGCCUGUUUACAGA